UCAAUCAAAAAGUGCCACAAUAGGUUCCUCCCACCAUGUUCGCUGGCACAGACUGAGAAAUGGUGAAGAUUUCCUGAGGAAUUAAUGGUACUGAGGCCGGCUGUUACGGGAAUCAUGAUUAGUGUAGACCUGUGUCCAGGAUGAGUGUACCCAGUGACCGUGGUGAGAUCACAACCCUCACUCAUCCACCUUGGGCAGGAUUCAUCCCAGUCUCUUCCUAAACAUCCUCCCCUCUCUACAAACAUGGCUGACAAGAGGGAGCCGCCAUUUUUCAAUGACGAUAACCUAGGGGUUGUCAACUACAAACUGCCCUUCUACGAGACCAUGGAGCUGUUCAUAGAGACUCUGACAGGGACCUGUUUCCAACUGCGGGUCUCCCCGUUUGAGACUAUUGUCUCUGUAAAAGCUAAGAUUCAGAGACUGGAAGGUAUCCCUGUUGCUCAGCAGCAUUUGAUCUGGAACAGCUUGGAGCUUGAUGAUGAGUACUGUUUGAAUGAUUACAGCAUUGCAGAAGGUUGCACUCUCAAGCUGGUCCUUGCCAUGAGGGGUGGGCCAAUCAACACCAAACGAGUGACCAUUGAGAACUCAGUAAAGGAUACCUCUGACUACUUGGAUUCAAAGAGGGAUGAGGUGUGGGAAAAGUCUUUGUCUAAUAAACAGGUCACUUUCCUGGUGUACAAAGAGGGUGACCAGCUAAAAGUCUUCCGGGUUGUGGACCGUGGAGACGGAACUCUGACACCGGUGUCAAAAUCCCUAAGUGGGUCAGUGCACAAUGUGUACGCUGAGGAAGAGGAGGAGGGUGCUAGCAUUUCCUCUGCGCAGCUGACGCUGGAGAACUCCAUCACUAUGAACAAGAUGAAGUUACUCAAAGCCAAGAUGGAGAAUAUGAACCUCAAUAAAAAGCCUAAGAAGUCUACAAAGUUGAGAGUAAGGCCUCCAGUUGGUCCACGUCCUUUCUGUGGCUCACUUGGCUCUGCUCGCCACCACCGAAUGCUCCGCAUCCUUCCUCAGAUUGGCCAUGCCCCUGUAACACAGCUACCUCCGAUUGGUGAUCAGCAACAGUCUUCCCCUGAGGCUUGCCCAGCUUUCACAUGUCACCCAAGUUUUGGUUCUGGUAGAGCCAUUUCCUCGCUGACAACUUCUAGCAAAUACAUUCUUCAGGAGGAGGAGUCAUGGAAUAAGCCCACCCCCAGGAAUAUCAGGCUACCUCCUAAAGUGUCCAGGCUAGAUGUGGUUGGACCGAAGGCUAUAACAGACUGUUUGUACCCACCGCUCUCUGUCCUGUCUGGUCUGGAAGCUGAAGACAAGACAGAGAUACAGAGUGACGGAAUAAUGCUACCGGAUGACGGCGUUAUAAUUGAGCCUUCCAAACCCAUUCCGUUUAAUAGCCUGCUUCCAGAGCCGCUGAGUCUGGAUGUUUCUGCUCAGCCGGAGGCCAGUCUGGACUCUUUAGGCGCUGUGAACAAGCCCAUGACUGCAACUCCACUGCUGUCCCAAGUUGUAGGCUCAGACUCCAUUAGCACAUGGUCAGUAGGCACUAAGACGCUACAGUCCCACACUGACAGAGCUGCACUGAACUUGCUACGCACUCCUCCACAUGUGCCUCGACCUUUCACAGAUUUUACAGGGGAAGUGCCUCGCCCCUUCCUCGGCUCUAACAGAGGGCCUACCGUUCCACCAUGCCCAACUCCACAGACCCCUCCUCUCCAUGCCAUCAGAGUGGACUCACCAGGCAAACGACCAGACAGGGUAUACAAGAGCGAGGCACAAGGUGUCACCAACAUAACCGACAACAUUUCCAGAGAGUUGUCAGGCUGUCUGAGUAACCUUGAUGAAAAACUAGCAAGGCCUUGUGAUCUGGACAGAUUGUGUGGCACAAAUGCCCCCUUGCAAGCCAACAUCCAUCUGCUGCAGGAGGAUCUGCUACGGAGAAUAGUUCCCCUGCAGAGAGCAACAUACUCGCCAUCAGGCAUCCUGGACUCAUCGAGUGGACCCUCCAGUUCAAUAAAGAGAUUAGGUUCUCCAACAUAUCACCUCCCUCCUGUGAAGGCUCCUCUGAGCUCAAAGACGAAGACUUCAAAACACUGCUUCCUAUGUGGGAAGAAGACCGGGCUAGCCACCAGCUAUGAAUGCAGGUGUGGCAACAACUUUUGUUCCACGCACCGCUAUGCAGAGACCCACAACUGCACUUACGACUACAAAAGUGCAGGUCGCCGCUUCCUCCAGAAGUCUAAUCCCAUCAUCAGCGCACCAAAGCUGCCCAAAAUAUGAAAGCACUAUAUAAGAGGGGGAAGAUGAUAUGCAAAUGAAAGCAUGAUUAAAUGAACAGGAACUAAACCAGCAGUGUGCUUUUUAUCACGUGUUUGCUUAAUGGCAAGGUUUAUUUUAAUUUUAUUUACUUUUUUAUUUUAAUUUUUUUUAAAGAAAUUACUUUGCAAAAAUGUGAAUUUGUUUCUUCUUCUUUUUUUUUUUGUCUUGAAAACACAUGAAACUGACGUGGAAAUGUGGAAAAGUUGUGAUCACUACAAAUGAUAUGUAUAGAAAUAUAUAUUUCUGUUUUUCUUAAUAUCUAAACGGCUUCAUGAGACAAGUCUUUGCAAGAUGCACUUUAGUAAUAAUGACGUCACGUCUUUCUUUUCUUUUCUUUUUUUUCUUUCUCUAAAUUGGUCCGUUUUAGGCCUACAGCACUCCACUGAAGACAUCACACCAGGUACUGCACAUCCGUAAUAUAAAAGAUGAGUCUAUUAUGGGUUUCACUUUGAAUGGAAUUAUGGGAGUUGAACUUUGAACUCUGUAAACACUACUAUGCAGUAUGGCCACGUAGCAUAUUAAUCAUUUUGAGUAGGCUGACCUGAACACAAAGCUGAGUUGCCAUCGUAAUGAUUUCUUUUUGUACCUUGUUUUUUUUUUUUAAUCGCACACCACCAUGAACAGCUGUUAAAAUGUUCAGUAUUUAUUUGGGAAUUAAACUAAUAAACUGAAAUAUAAAUAUGAUGAAAUA